AUGUCCACUGUUAUCUCGGACAACGGACCUCGGGCUCACAGAGUCCGUCCGGCUGCCAAGGCUGGUAUCGAUAUCAAACUCGACCAGCACUGGACCUCAAAGGCCUACACCUCAGGCUCAAAGGUCACAGGCAAUGUCAUCGUCAACACCCAGCGUGAUGUUGCCUUUGACACCUUUGAGAUCUUCUUCACAGGCACUGCCUACACACGCAUUGACUUUGUCAGCCAAUAUUCCAGCGCCAACUACGCUGCGAGACCAUUCAUGAAGCUCCGCAUGCCCCUGAACCCUUCAGAUUUCCCCAGCACUGGUGUCUUUGAGGCUGGCCGCACAUACACCAUCCCAUUCCACUUUGUUGUUCCCCAUCAGCUCACUCUCAGCGCCUGCAACCACACAGUUGAGCAUGAGGGCAUCAGGGAUCACCAUCUCCAGCUCCCUCCCACUAUGGGUUUCUGGGAGCGCAACGACCAGUCCCCCGACACAGCUCAUAUUGAGUAUGGCGUCCGCGCUGUUGCCACACACAACGCCCCCGUUGAGGGCCGAACUACACCUCUUGAUGGCUUCCACAUGAUCAAGGUUCUCCCCGCAGUCCCCGAGGAUGCUCCUCUCGAGAUCUGUGCCAAGGACGAGCGCUACUGUCUCUCCAAGACAAAGCCCAUCCGCAAGAACCUCUUCUCCGCCAAGCAGGGCGAGCUGACCACCAUGGCUUCUCAGCCCAGUGCUAUCAUGCUCUCUGGAAACUUCCUCAACGCCAGCGGCACCAACUUAAGAGUCAACCUCGAGUUCAAGUCCACUUCCAAGGACGUUACUCCCCCAAAGAUCAAUUCCGUCAGCGCCAAACUUCAAUCGACCACCUUCUUCAGCAGCGCUCCCAUGACCCAGCUACCCAACCUGGGCUCUCGUAUCAAGCAUCAGAGCACCCCUUCUCUCACAUACUCCACCACCACACCCGUCCCCAUGCGCCCUGACACCAAGUUGUUCUGGGAGGACGAGGCUCCUUCUUCACGACGGGAUUCUGGCUACGACAGUGCUUUCUGGAACGAGGGAGAGUCUUCCGAGUCCGAGGAAGCCCAGCGCACCAAGAAGGCUAGCAAGUUCAACGUUCGCCGAUACGCCACUCUCGAUAUCCCAUUCAACCUGCCCACCAGCGCCAGCAAGCUCUUCCUACCAACCUUUUACUCCUGUAUCAGCGCUCGCGCUUAUAUCGUCCACCUAACCCUUUCAGUUGGAUCCAUGAACACCAGCAUCAACCUGGACGUCCCCGUUCAGAUUGCCGUUGAGAACACCUACGACCAGAUCGACGACGACGAGCUCCCUUCCUUCGAUGCCGCCAUCGCAGAGGCCGAGCAAGGCGAUGUUGAUGUUCACAUGGCACCUCUCCUCAUGCGUGAGGCACCAUCCGCCCGAUUCCAGAACCACAACAUUCUCCCCAGUUACGAAGACAUGCGAAUGCGCCACCCAGUGGCAGCUGCAUAA